AACAGCUCAGACUGAGUCGCGCAGCAGGCCCAGGAGGAAGAAGGGGCGGUGGAGGCAGGGGAGGUGGCCGUGCCUGGCCACAGGGCUCUGAGGGUCCUUGCCUCAGGGACAAGUGCUCUGGAAUGCGGACCCAGUCGCUGCUGCUGGCCCUGCUGCCCCUGCUGCUCCUGCUGCCCAGCUUCUCAGUCGCCCUGACCAGAGAGCGUCUGUGCGGAGCCUCCCCAGGGCCCUGUGCCAACGGAGGCACCUGCCUGAGGCUACCUCGGGGACAAGAGAUCUGCCAGUGUGCCCCGGGAUUUCUGGGUGAGACUUGCCAGUUUCCUGACCCCUGCCGGGAUAGCCAGCUCUGCGAGAAUGGCGGCAGCUGCCACGCCCUGCUCCCCACACCCGCAAGGGCCCCUAGCGCCACUUCUCCGCCGGCCCCCCACUUCUCCUGCACCUGCGGCUCCGGCUUCACCGGCGAUCGGUGCCAAACCCACCUGGAGGAGCUCUGUCCACCCGCUCUCUGUUCCAACCGGGGCCGCUGCCACGUCCAGCCCUCAGGCCGCCCACGGUGUUCCUGCGAGCCGGGGUGGACAGGUGAGCAAUGCCAGCUCCGCGACUUCUGCUCUGCCAACCCCUGUGCCAACGGAGGUGUGUGCCUGGCCACAUACCCCCAGAUCCAGUGCCGCUGCCCGCCGGGCUUUGAGGGCCACACCUGCGAACAUGACGUCAAUGAGUGCUUCCUGGAGCCAGGGCCCUGCCCAAAGGGCACCUCCUGCCAUAACACCCUGGGCUCCUUCCAGUGUCUCUGCCCCCUGGGGCAGGAGGCUUCGCAGUGCAAGCUCAGGAAGGGGCCCUGUCCUCCUGGAAGAUGUCUCAACGGAGGCACCUGCCAGCUGGUGCCAGGGGCAGACACCGCCUCUCACCUCUGCCUCUGUCCCCCAGGUUUCACAGGCCUAGACUGUGACGUGAAUCCGGAUGACUGCAUCGGGCACCAGUGUCGGAACGGGGCCACCUGCCUGGAUGGCCCGGGCACCUACACCUGCCUCUGCCUGGAUGCCUGGAAGGGCUGGGACUGCUCUGUAGAUGUGGACGAAUGCGAAGCCCAGGGCCCCCCUCGCUGCAGAAACGGUGGCACCUGCCAGAACUUGGCUGGCGGCUUUCACUGCGUGUGCGCGAGCGGCUGGGGGGGCUCGGGCUGUGAGGACAACUUGGAUGACUGUGCCGCCGCCACCUGCGCCCCGGGAUCCACCUGCAUUGACCGUGUGGGCUCCUUCUCCUGCCUCUGCCCGCCUGGACGCACAGGCCUCCUGUGCCACCUGGAAGACAUGUGUUUGAGCCAGCCGUGCCAUGGCAAUGCCCAGUGCAGCACCAACCCUCUCACGGGCUCUCCCCUCUGCUUAUGCCAGCCCGGCUACUCAGGACCCACCUGCCACCAGGACCUGGAUGAGUGUCAGAUGGCCCAGCAAGGCCCCAGCCUCUGCGAGCACGGCGGCUCCUGCCUCAACACCCCUGGCUCCUUCCACUGCCUCUGCCCGCCCGGCUACACAGGCUCCCGCUGUGAGGCGGAUCACAACGAGUGCCUGUCCCAGCCCUGCCACCCGGGCAGCACCUGCCUGGACCUGCUGGCCACCUUCCACUGCCUCUGCCCGCCAGGCCUGGAGGGAAGGCUCUGUGCAGUGGAGACCAACGAGUGCGCCUCCAACCCUUGCCUCAACCAAGGUGGCUGUCAGGACCAGCUCGGCGCCUUCCUGUGCCUCUGCCUCCCCGGAUUCACCGGCGCCCGCUGUGAGCACCACCUGGACGGGUGCAGCAGCGCCCCCUGCGCCAACGGGGGGCGCUGCCGAGACCAGCCCGGAGCCUUCCGCUGCGAGUGUCUCCCAGGCUUUGGAGGGCCACGCUGUGAGACGGAGGUGGAUGAGUGUCUGAGCGCCCCGUGCCCCGCGGGAGCCAGCUGCCUCGACCUCCCCGGAGCUUUCGUCUGCCGCUGCCGCCCUGGCUUCACGGGCCAGCUUUGUGAGGUCCCCUUGUGCGCCCCCAACCUGUGCCAACCUGAGCAGCAGUGCCAAGAUCGGGAAGACGGACACCACUGCCUCUGCCCUGACGGAAGUCCUGGCUGUGUCCCUGCCAAGGACAACUGCACCUGCCACCACGGCCAUUGCCAGAGCUCCUCCUGCGUGUGUGACGCGGGCUGGACCGGGCUGGAAUGCGGGACGGAGCUCUCGGGCUGCGUCUCCGCACCCUGCGCCCACGGGGGCACCUGCCACCCACAGCCCUCUGGCUACAACUGCACCUGCCCUGCAGGCUACGAGGGGCCGACCUGCGCUGAGGAGGUGACAGCCUGCCACUCAGAGCCCUGCCUCAAUGGCGGCUCCUGCAGCACCGGCCCGGAGGGCUACUCCUGCACCUGCCCGCCGAGUCACACAGGCUCCCGCUGCCAGACCGUCCUGGACCACUGCGAGUCUGCUUCGUGCCUCAACGGGGGCACCUGUGUGAACAAGCCAGGCACGUUUUCCUGCCUCUGUGCUGCUGGCUUCCAAGGGCCGCGCUGUGAGGAGGAGACUAAGCCCAGCUGUGCCGACAGCCCCUGCAGGAACAAGGCAACCUGCCAAGACACGCCUCAGGGUGCCCGCUGCCUCUGCAACCCUGGCUACACAGGCAGCAGCUGCCAGACUCUGCUGGACCUGUGUGCCCAGAAGCCGUGUCCGCACACCGCCCGGUGCCUCCAGAGUGGGCCCUCCUUUCAGUGCCUGUGUCUGCAGGGAUGGACAGGGCCUCUCUGUGGCCUCCCACUGUCCUGCCAGAAGGCCGCCAUGAGCCAAGGCAUAGAGGUCUCUGGCCUGUGCAAGAAUGGAGGCCUCUGCAUUGAAAGUGGCUCCUCCCACAUCUGCCGCUGCCCUCCUGGAUUUCGAGGCAGGUUUUGCCAGGAUAGCGUGAACCCCUGUGAGUCCAAGCCUUGCCAGCACGGGGCCACCUGCGUGGUCCAGCCCAACAGCUAUCUCUGCCAGUGUGCCCCAGGCUAUGAAGGACAGAACUGCUCCCACGUACAGGACGCCUGUCAGUCCCAGCCCUGCCACAACCAGGGAACCUGCACGCCCAGGCCCGGCGGUUUCCACUGUGCCUGCCCCUCGGGCUUUGUGGGGCUGCGCUGUGAGGGUGACGUGGAUGAGUGUCUGGACCGGCCCUGCCACCCCACGGGCACCGCAGCCUGCCACUCUCUAGCCAACGCCUUCCAUUGCGAGUGUCUGCCUGGGCACACAGGCCAGCGGUGUGAGGUGGAGACAGACCCCUGCCAGAGCCAGCCCUGCUCCAAUGGAGGGUCCUGUGAGGUCACGACAGGACCACCGCCCGGCUUCACCUGCCAGUGCCGCCAGGGUUUUGAAGGCCCCACCUGCGGCCACAGAGCCCCUUCCUGCGGCACCCAUUACUGCCACCAUGGAGGCCUAUGUCUGCCCUCCCCCAAGCCGGGCUCCCCGCCCCUCUGUGCCUGCCUCAGUGGCUUUGGGGGCCCUGACUGUCUGACACCUCCAGCUCUGCAAGGUUGUGGGCCCCCCUCGCCCUGCCUGCACAACGGCAGCUGCUCUGAGACCACCGGGUUUGGCAGGCCCGGCUUUCAGUGCUCCUGCCCUCCUGACUCCCCAGGGCCCCGGUGUCAAAGGCCAGGGGCAAACGGGUGUGAGGGCCGAGGUGGUGAUGGGGCGUGUGAUGCCGGCUGCAGUGGCCCAGGAGGGGACUGGGAUGGAGGGGACUGCUCCCUGGGGGUCCCGGACCCCUGGAAGGGCUGUCCCCCCCAUUCCCAGUGCUGGCUUCUCUUCCGGGAUGGGCGGUGCCACCCACAGUGUGACUCGGAGGAGUGCCUGUUUGACGGCUUUGACUGUGAAAUCCCUCCCACCUGCACCCCGGCCUAUGACCAGUACUGCCAAGACCACUUCCACAAUGGACACUGUGAAAAAGGAUGCAAUAGCCCUGAGUGUGGCUGGGAUGGGGGUGACUGCAGGCCGGAAGUUGAAGACCCAGAGUGGGGGCCCUCCUUGGCCCUGCUGGUGGUGCUGAGACCCCCAGCCUUGGAUCAACAGCUGCUUUCCCUGGCCAGAGUACUGUCCCUGACUCUGAGGGUCGGGCUCUGGGUGAGGAAGGACAGUGAGGGCAGGGACAUGGUGUUCCCCUACCCUGGGGCCCGGGCCAAAGAGGAGCUGAGAGGAUCUCGGGGUCCCUCUCCGUGGGAAAGACAAGCCCCACCUCACACCCAGCCCCUGGGCAAGGAGACAGAGUCCCUCGGUGCUGGGUUUGUGGUGGUGAUGGGAGUAGAUUUGUCCGGCUGUGGCCCGGACCAUUCUGCAUCCCGCUGUCCCUGGGACUCCGGGCUCCUGCUGCGAUUCCUUGCGGCAAUGGCCGCAGUGGGAGCCCUGGAGUCCCUGCUGCCUGGACCCUUGCUGGCUGCUCACCCUCAAGCAGAGACCAGGCCCCCUGCCAACCCGCUUCCCUGGCCUCUUGUGUGUUCGCCAGUGGUUGGGGUGCUUCUCCUGGCCCUUGGGGCUCUUCUUGUCCUCCAGCUCAUCCGGCGGCGGCGGCGAGAGCACGGGGCCCUGUGGCUGCCCCCCGGCUUCAUUCGGAGGCCUGGGACCCAGCAGGCACCCCACCGGAGGAGGCCCCCCCUGGGCGAGGACAGCAUGGGUCUCCAGGUGCUGAAGCCAGAGGCAGGAGUGGAUGAGGACGGAGCGGCCAUGUGCUCGGGCCCUGAGGAGGGCGAGGAGGCUGAAGCACCGGCCUCGGCCUCCACGUGCCAGCUCUGGCCACGGAACAGCGGCUGUGGAGAGCUCCCCCAGGUAGCCAUGCUGACACCUCCUCAGGAGUGUGAGAUGGAGGCUCCAGAUGUGGACACCUGUGGACCUGAUGGGGUGACCCCCCUGAUGUCAGCAGUCUUUUGUGGAGGAGUGCAGCCCACGACUGUGCAGGGACCGUGGCUGGGAAAUCCUGAACCCUGGGACCCGCUGCUGGAUACAGGCGCCUGCCCCCAGGCUCGCACUGUGGGCACUGGAGAGACGCCCCUGCACCUGGCUGCCAGAUUUUCUCGGCCAACUGCUGCCCGCCGCCUCCUGGAGGCUGGAGCCAAUCCCAACCAGCCGGACCGGGCAGGGCGCACCCCGCUUCACACUGCCGUGGCCGCUGACGCUCGGGAGGUCUGCCAGCUCCUAUUGGCCAACAGACGGACUGCGGUGGACGCGCGCACAGACGACGGGACCACAGCCUUGAUGCUGGCUGCCAGGCUGGCAGUGGAGGACCUGGUUGAAGAACUGACCGCAGCCCGAGCAGAUGUGGGAGCCAGAGAUAAAAGGGGAAAAACCGCACUGCACUGGGCCGCUGCCGUGAACAACGCCCGAGCCGCCCGCUGCCUCCUCCAGGCUGGAGCUGACAAGGAUGCCCAGGACAGCAGGGAGCAGACGCCGCUGUUCCUGGCGGCGCGCGAAGGCGCCGUGGAGGUGGCGCAGCUGCUGCUGGAGCGCGGCGCGGCCCGCGGGCUGCGGGACCAGGCCGGGCUGGCGCCUGGAGAUGUGGCCCGCCAGCGCAGUCACUGGGACCUGCUGACGCUGCUGGAAGGGGCGGGGCCGCCCGUGCAGGAGGCCCGUGCGCGCGUGCGCACCGCGUCGGGGGGCGGGGCCGCGCCGCGCUGCCGGACGCUGUCGGCGGGGGCGCGCCCGCGCGGGGGCGGGGCCCGUCUGCAGGCUCGCACUUGGUCGGUGGACUUGGGCGCGCGUGGGGGCGCCGCGUACGCGCGCUGCCGGAGCCGAUCGGGAGGCUCCGGAGGCCCUCCUUUGCGGGGCCGCCGGCCUUCCGCGGGCUACCGAGGACGACGCGGGGCCGGGGCUUCCCAGGAUGACUGGCCUCGCGACUGGGUGGCCCUGGAAGCCUGCGGCUCCGCCCGGAGUGCGCCGGUUCCGCCUCCCAGCCUGACCCCGUCCCCAGAACGCGGAUCCCCUCAAGUUGCUUGGGGUCUUCCAGUGCACCAAGAGGCGCCCUUAAACGCGGGCGGAAGGGACCGAAACUAGGCAGCUCCAUGGAGUGACUAGUCUGGUAGUCCCCGGGCGUUUAAGGCCAAAGCAAGCGCUAUGACCACCUGUCUUCCGCACAGUGUGUCCAGCACUGGGAAGAGGGCUCAGGACGCCCUGAUGAGACUUGCCGUGCCUCUCCUGGAAAACAGGGCGGCUACAAGAGGACAGAAUGGAUUUUGAGAAUCCCUAAACUGGAACCAAGAACUGUGGGCAAAUUGGGUGUAAAGUGUUUCUGUGUACGGCCUCCCAAAGGGAGCCUCUGUCCACUGCCCACAGGUAGCUAGCAAAUAUUUAUUCAGCACCUACUAUGUGCCGGGGCGUUGCAACGGUCCCUCCUCCUGAUGACUUGCCCUCCCUCUGCUUCCCCACAAGGAAACCGGUGCAAGGCCUCGCUCUGUAGCCACCACCAUCUCUGAGAACCCCAAACUCAUGAAUAAUAAAGCUGAUUUGAAGUGUUA